ACAUCUUUGCACUAUAUGAGUCCAUACCAGAUGAAUGCAUAUGCCAUGGCCCUGAAGGCUGUGGGGGAAAUUAUCCAGGACUAUGACAGUGACAAACUCUUCCCUGCAUACGGCUUUGGAGCUAAACUUCCCCCAGAUGGCAAGAUCUCCCACGCCUUUCCACUGAACUUUAACACAGAGAACCCAAACUGUGUUGGGAUUGAAGGUGUACUAGAGGCGUACUUUCAGAGCCUGCGAACUGUUCAGCUGUAUGGCCCAACCAACUUUGCUCCUGUCAUCAACCAAGUGGCUCGGUGUGCUGCAGAAGUGACUGAUGGCUCACAGUACUUUGUGCUGCUGAUGAUCACAGAUGGUGUCAUCUCGGACAUGGCUCAGACCAAAGAGGCAGUGGUCAAUGCAGCCUCCCUGCCAAUGUCUAUCAUUAUAGUAGGAGUGGGCCCUGCUGAGUUUGAUGCUAUGGAGGAGCUGGAUGGAGAUGAGGUCAGAGUGUCUUCCAGGGGACGCUUUGCUGAGAGAGACAUCGUCCAGUUUGUUCCUUUCCGGGACUACAUCGACCGGUCGGGAAACCAGGUCCUGAGCAUGGCCCGUCUGGCUAAGGAUGUCCUGGCAGAAAUUCCCGACCAGUUGUUAUCGUUCAUGAAGAGUCGAGGGAUUGAACCACGGCCCCCCCUGCCUGUCACCUCUGACUCCCCCUCAGUGUCCUCCAUGACUGCAACCAACACUUCUACAAUCAAGCACCACAACACUCAGGCCUGA